GGGGAUGCAGAAGCUGCCAAAGGAAAGGAAGGAAAAGCGGAGGAAUGGUCAGCGGGAGCACAAAAGGAGCAAGAUGGGGUAGUAGGGAAAGUUGUGUGCUACUGCAAGACAUGAGAAAAAGAAAAGGAGAAGAAACACAGAUGCAAGAGCUGAGGAGGAAAGCGAGGGAACAAGCAAGGUGGUUGUAAAGUGAGGAAGGAAGCAUGGGUGGAAAACACAAGAAUGACAGAAAGUAAGAAAGACGCGAGGGAGAAGUAAAGGACGCAGGGAUGCAAGUGAGUUAGAAGUGUGCUGAGGUGGGGGGUGAUGGGGGGAGGUCUAGGCGACGCGACGCAGCGCCGCGGCGGGGCGGAGGAGGCGGCGAGCUACCCGGGUCGGGCCGCCGAACCGAACAACACAUGGGUGGCUGUGUGGGGAGCCAGCACGACUCCUCGGGCAGCUUGAACGACAACUCUGACGGAACCGGAGUUGCUCUGGGGCGGAACCAGCUGCUCAAGCGCGAGCGUCCCAAAUGGAAGAGCGAUUACCCCAUGACGGAAGGCCAGCUGCGCAGUAAGCGCGACGAAUUCUGGGAUACGGCACCGGCCUUCGAAGGCCGCAAGGAGAUCUGGGACGCGCUGAGGGCGGCCGCCGGCGCCUUUGAGAGCCGAGACCACCAGCUGGCCCAAGCCAUCCUGGACGGCGCCAGCAUCACGCUGCCGCACGGCUUGUUGAGCGAAUGCUACGACGAGUUGGGCAACCGCUACCAGCUGCCUGUCUACUGCCUGGCGCCACCCAUCAACAUGAUCGAGGAACACUCCGACGAACCAGACGCCUCCGACCGAGACUCUGCCGGGGCUGACGCAUCGGUAGAGGGUGACGACGGCGGUGGCGAGCGGCAGCUGCGUCUGCGCCUCUCCACAGGCCGCGACCUGCGCCUGCGUGUGCGCUCGAGCGACACGGUGGGCGCCAUGAAGCGGCGCCUGCACGCUCUGGAAGGCGUGGACGCCGCCGCCCAGCGCUGGUUCUUCUCAGGCCGCCCGCUCACCGACAGGCUGCGAUUAGAGCAGAUCAACAUCUCGCGGGAUUACGUCGUGCAAGUCAUUAUCAACCAGCCGCUGGCGGAUGUGCCUCCACCGCGCACUCCCAGUCGGGAAACGCAACACCAGCCUUCUCCCGUGGACGCUUAAAGGUGACAGGGCAAUAUUUUGGAUGCUUUGCUGGCUGGUAAGGAAUACAAUACCUUGCUUGUCACUAUGUCAGGCAUGAUCACAAGAAAGACUAACCACAUUUGUGUUGUUGCCUUGACAAGAUUGGGAUAACGCUUGGGCUAGCACAUGGGAUAGCUCCUCAUGCUAACGCCUGAGGACAAAAAAACAAUGCUGGACUGGAAUGGCUUUUCAUUUCACAAUCGUGUGAGAGUAGCACACAUGGAAAGUAUCAAGAUGAUGACUCAACAUAUUUUCAUUGAGAGAAGCCAACUUUUUAAAUUAAAAGCCAUUUUUUUCUUUCUA